UAACCGGAAUAAAAACACCAUGGGACUUCCUACAAUCUCUCAGAUUAUUUAACCUUUUUUACGGAUUUUCUCUCUCUAUUCUGCUUUUCACGUCAUGUGACAGAUCGAGCUCUGACACGAGGGCUCUGAGAGAGUGAGUGAGAGAGAGAGAGAGAGAGAGAGAGACUGUCACGGACUGAGUGAGUAAACCUCCUCACAGACUCGGGGUUCCUCACUGUCAGGUCCUGGUCUUGGUCCCGCCCCUGGUUCUCUCUGCUCCGUGGAACCUGGACCCGACUCCUCCUGAGCAGACACGAGCGAGGACAGUCCCCGGCUUCGGUCCAUGGCGACCUUCAUCGCCACACUUCUCCUCCUCUUGACGGUUGCAGUCGGGAUGACACCAAGUGCCUCUCAGUCCAGUCUCCUGACAGAGCCCAUGUGUUAUGACUGGGGGGAGUCCAGUAAGGGUGCUCUCUCUGUCCUGGAGGGGGAGGCAGGGUGGCUCUCGUGUCCUCUUUUCUCUCAUCCCUCCGUCUACAAUUACACCUCCACGCAGAGCACCGGACACAACCUCUUUUGGUACCGCCUCCCCGAAGGCCAUGACCUGGAGCAGCCGAUCUCGUCCAGCUCACGGCUCAGUAGGGACAGAGAGAGACUGUGGCUGCAGCCGGCCACCAUCGAGGACAGCGGACAGUACAUCUGCAUGUUACGGAACAAGUCGUCGUGCAGUAAGAUUGCCAUGCGCCUGAAGGUGCUGCGACGUGACGAUGUGGUGCGCGACACAGACUGCUGGCCUCCAGUUGCUGCGCCACCCAGUCAAGCGGUCAUUCCAUUGCAGGAGGGUAAAAUCCUGGAGUGUCCAGACUUGCAGGAUGUUACCAAGAUGGCCGAUGACAACCUGACCGUCACCUGGUAUCAUGUGACAGCAAAUGGCAAGUGUCAUUCGUUCUGGAACAGAAACCGGCAGCAGAAAGGAUCCAGUGUACACAUUUACAUCAUGUCUGAGCAGUUCCAAGGUUAUUAUUUCUGCACCGUUACGUACCAGAGGAGAGGCCAAGAGCUCCACUUUACCAGGAGCAUCAACGUCACUGCAGUCUCUUCAUCCUCUCUGCCCAAAUUACCCAGCAUCCUCUACCCAGUCAGGAACAAGGUCUUCUCUGUCAAACAGGGCACCGAGGUGCGUCUGGUGUGCAGAGCUCAUUUCCCAUACCUGGAGUCACCGUGGGACAUUUGGUGGACAGUUGAUGGAAAGACACUGGACAAGCUUGCUGACCAACGUCGCUUCUCCAAAUCGAACAGACAGAUUAAUUAUGAUUACGGGGACCGGACAGAGGAGAGCGUGCUUGUGAUCCAGGACUUUCGCUCCGAUGACCUGAACAAAGAGUACAACUGUUCUGUGAGGAAUGAACGUGGCUUUGAUACCCGCAGAGCUCUGCUGGAGGAGGAAGUGUCGGUGCCGUCGGUGGAGCUGGGUUGUGGUCUUGGUGUGACGCUGGUCCUGAUGUUGCUCCUCUUUGUGGUUUAUCACGUCUUCUGGCUGGAAAUGCUACUGCUCUACCGCUCGUGGUUCGGCACCGAUGAGCGACUCACAGAUGAUAAGGAGUAUGACGUAUACAUCUCGUAUGCGAGGAACAGCGAGGAGGAGCAGUUUGUUCUGACGACGCUGCACACAGUUCUGGAGAAUGAGCUCGGAUACUCAGUGUGUAUCUUUGACAAAGACAGUCUGCCUGGAGGAACCAUCACAGAUGAGACUCUGAGUUUUGUGGCUCGUAGCCGGCGCCUGUUGGUGGUUAUUAGCCCGGGCUAUGCCACCCAGGGCUCCCAGGCCCUGCUGGAGCUGAUGGCCGGUAUCGACGGCAUGGCCCAUGGCGGGCACCUGCGGGUAAUCCUGGUCCAGUACAAGCCAGUGCGGUGGCAGGGUUGGGUUCGGGAGCUGCGCAGAGCCCGGGUGGCGCUGGCACUUGUCUGUUGGCAGGGUGACAAGUCCAGAGAGCUGAAUUCCCGCUUCUGGAAGAGACUGAGGGUGGAGCUGCCCAUGAGGAGGGUCAGCAACAGCAUGGGGGAGGAGGAGAGGCAGAACAGCAAGGAGGUGGCUUUGAUGAGGCUGUACAGUCAGAACAGCACAAACUCACAGACGGGCCUCAUUAGUAACACAUAGUUUGCCUUACUUGAAGCGCUUCCUUACUUCUAGCUCUUGUUUAUACCCAAAUGUUGAAAUCCACUUAUUGUAA